CGGUGCCUCGUCCCGGGGAUUCCGCGCGGGGCGCGCCGGGAGGCGGGGGCGGGGCGGGGUUUCCCCGCGGGAGCCGCUAAGGGCCGGUGCCCCUCGGGCCGCGCCGCCCCAUGGCCCCCGCGCUGCUGCCCGCGGCGCUGCUGGCGCUGGCGUUGGCCCUGCGGCCCGCGCUGCCUCACGGCUGCCCGGCGGGUUGGUUCGCGGAGGGCGCGAGUUGCCGGCGAUGCCCGAGCGGCACCUUCAGCGCGGCGGGGCGCGGGCGCUGCUCGCUCUGCAGGAGGUGCGAAGGACUCCUCCGGUAUUUGAAGGAAUGCUCCUCGGACAGCGAUGCGCAGUGCACGUGCCCGGGCGGGUAUCGCUGCGGCGGCGCCCGCUGCUCCCGCUGCGAACCGAGCUGCCCCGCGGGACACGAGAGCGCCCGGCGCGGUUGCCAACCCUGCCCGUAUGGAACUUUUAAUGAUCAGCCCGAUGGCUCCUGUAAAAACUGGACAAAGUGCUCUACAAACCAGGUCCUGGAGCCUGGAACCACGUCAAAAGAUGUCAUUUGUAAACAGCCUUCAGAUAAUCUCACUUUGGUCAGUACUCUGCCUACCACGUCUCCUGCAAUUCCAUUUGCUAUCACGGUGUCAGGGAAGGAUCUCCAGGCGGACAUGCUGAGAAUUUCUCUGACCGUAGCUGGGCUGGUGUGUGUAGUGGUUCUGCUACCUUCAUGCAUAUGCUUCAGUAUCUGGCAGAAAAAGAAGCUACACGCAGUCUUCAAGAAAAUGCGUACCACGCCUGAACAAUCAAUUCAGGAAGACGAUGCCUGCAGCUGCCGCUUCCCUGAGGAAGAACAAGGUGAAUAUCGGGACUGCGGCAAAUCCACAGAAUUCAGAGAUCUCUUGGUGAACUAGGAAUUGGACUGUCCAAGCCACCUACAUUUGAAUUUGUUUUUGGAACACAUAGUAAAACCUUUUUUACAUAAAUAGAGAGGGUGUGGGAAUUUGUGAAUUUCCGAGCAGUAAGCAGCUCAGCUGCUGAGAAAAAAAGGUGAAUCUUUUCCAUGUCUUAAAAACAAUAAAAAUAAAAAAA